UGGCCGCUGCAGCUGCAGUGGCCGCCGCCGGGCCGUGCCGCGGCUGCCGAGGAGGCAGCGGGGGUGUUUCAGUUGGUGCGGCUGUGGGUCUGCACCCCUAAGCGGCCCCCCCUGCGGCUGGCCGCGGCGCCGGUCCUGCAGAUUGGCGGCGAGGACGGCGGCCGCUGGGAGUUUUCCUUGGCGGACGACGGCGGCUGCGCGCUGACGCCGGGGGUGCUGCAUGCGAUCCGGCUGCCGUCUGUGUACGCCGUCCCCGACAGCAGUUGCGGCGUCGAGGACGGGGCCCGCGUGUUGGACUGCGCACGCGGUCGCCUCUGUGCCGGGUGGCUCAGGCUCACUGGCUAG